UGAUCGUGACAGCGUUGGUUCACGCGAAGUCCUUGAGGCCGCUCAUCACAAACAACAACCAAAAAAGGCGAUGAUUAGGAAUCAGAGUGUGCAUAGAGCGUUGUUUCGUUGUUUCGUGGCUCCCCGAUGUGAUUUGCAUACCAGCGCACUUCGAUGCAACCAAGGAGCCACUGCAGUUCCGCUGGCGUUCAGCCGGUACGAAAAUAACGGAGGUGGCGAUGCCCACCCGGUCCUCAUCCUGCAUGGACUCUUUGGAUCGAAAUCGAACUGGAACAGUCUGGCCAAAGCGUUCCACAAAAACACCAAACCGGUGAGAAAGAUCUACGCCAUCGAUGCACGUAACCAUGGGGACAGUCCGCACAGUGAGCAGCAUUCGUAUGAGCACAUGGUGGAGGAUAUGGUGGCUCUCUACAAAUCCAUCGGCAUCGAGCGAGCUUCCAUUAUUGGCCACAGUAUGGGAGGUCGAGCGAUGAUGCUAUUGGCACUGCGAUACCCGGAACUGGUUGAAAAGGCUAUCAUUGUAGAUAUCUCACCGUCGCCGGGGCUGGGCACGAGUAACACAAACAUCCCGCUGUUCCUGCAAUCCAUGAAGAUGAUUCAGAUCGGUCCCGACGCUACCAUCCACCAGGCACGGCGCAUUGCGGACGAGCAGCUGGCGAAAGUUAUCAAUGAGAAACCGUUGCGAGACUUUUUGAUAACGAACCUCGUAAAAAACGAACAGGAUGGAGGUCGAUUCCAGUGGAGAAUCAAUCUGGAAUCGUUGGAACGUAACUUCCACACCGGAGUGGCCCAGUUCCCAACCCUAACCGGCCAUCGAUUCGAUGGACCAACGCUGUUCAUUGCCGGUGGCCGCUCGGAUUAUGUAAAGCCAGCGGACAUUCCUCUGAUAAAGACGCUGUUCCCCAAUUCGGACAUCAAGUACGUGAAAGAUGCUGGUCAUUGGGUGCACAGCGAGAAAUCGGCCGAGUUUGCGAAGCUGGUUUUAGAUUUUUUGAACGAGUAAGUUCAAGGUGGGAGGGGGGCAUAGACAAAGCCGAAUUUAUUUAGUUUUAGUAAUCGUUCCCACAGA